AAUACGAGCGACCCCUUCGAAAACCGAAUAAUACCCGAGGCCAAAUUCACCUCCCCGACUUGGAGUUUUUGAGAGUCGGGCUUGUGUUGGCUGCAGCCUACCGAGAAAUGCAUUGUUUUUUCGACGCGCUACGAUAAGAAGUCAUUGUCUUUCGCUCGAGCACGUGCAUUGUUUUCAUAGCGCUGCUUUUGUUGUGCACGAGUGUCGUCUCUUCGGCUUUAUUCAAAUACCCAAUGAAUUGGCAUUGUAGUUUAAAUACGAUUGAUAAUGUUGUUUUGAAGAUGUGAGUUAGAACUAUGCUCAGAAAAUGCUGACAUCAAACCGCACUUGCGGAUUCGAGCAACCAAUGAAUGAAUGAAAGCAAUGGAAAUUGUGCAAGUUUUCCUCGCGGAAUUCCCUACGGUUGCCUACCGUGCGGACGGGCCACUUUCUUUUGACUACUUUAAGUGCACGUAUUCCCGUAGAGCUGAAACACGUACAUUGUCCCCCCUGGUUGUCGCUUCCGCUCUGUACACUGUGGAUGUGUAAAAUUACCCAUGCUGAAAUCGGACGGGGAAUUUUUGUUUCAUCACACGCCGUCGCUACAGCGAGACGUUGGUCUGCUUGGUCCGAAUGGUCUGUCUGCAAUCACCACUGUGGAGCAACAGGGUUUAGAUUUCGGUCACGUGCUUGUUCACUGAGGCGAGGCAACAGAACAACUAUUCGACGGUUAUGUCCCGGGAACCGAUUCGAGAGAGAAGCUUGCGUUUCUCGCCUUUGUCUGCUUCAACCAGAUCAAAUUUCGACCGCACUGAAUACACCGCAGCAGCAACAUGGAUUGCUUAACCUAAGCUCCGAAGUAACCUCACAGAAUACCACAACAUCUACACCGUUGACUUCCGAGACAGUUUUUAACAUAACAAAUUCAAAUAUUUCAAUGACGACGCAAGCACCUGACGUGUGUCCUUACUUCUGCGACUCUCGAGCGACAACGUGUGGCCGACCGACGUACUACUCUCCGAAAAAAAUAGUUGGUGGAACUACGUCACAAAAGAACGCUUGGCCUUGGCAGGUGGGCGUAUGGAGCAACCAACGACUGCUUUGCAGUGCAACCGUUAUUUGUAGCGGCUGGGUCAUGACGUCAGCUCAUUGCUUUCUUAAUCUUACAACGUUAGAACUGAGGUACAAUGGGAUACAUCUUCGUUUUGGAAGUCAUACCCGAGAGCGAAUUGAAAAUGGAGCCUAUGUUCGAUCGUUAAACAAAAGCCAAGUAUUUCUGCAUCCUAUGUACAAUAUAUGGUUAAAGAAAUAUGACAUCGCCCUUGUGCGAUUGGAUCCUCCUUUGCGUUAUUCUCGCACGGUGGCACCCGCCUGCUUACCGGAUAUGAUGAAGCUUUCGGUGCAGCCGGGAGAAUUGUGUUACGUCGCUGGUUGGGGAACAACAACGGUGUUGGACCGCCGAAUACGAAUUUAAAGCAACUUAUUGUUCGUGUAAUCAACAACGACGUUUGCAAAUACACAUACUUUUACUCAGCAACUUACAUGAUACUGUGCGUGGGAGGGGAACGAUUAAGAGACACGUGUGCGGGCGACUCAGGCGGGGCUUUAAUGUGUCAGUCAUCCACAACUGGUAGGUGGGAGGUGCAAGGUAUCGUUAGUUUUGGUGCUCGCAAUUGUGGCCGGGAAGGGUUUCCAACGAUAUACAUGCAGGUUUCGUUUUUUCUACCAUGGAUUCAAUCUGUCAUGCGUGGUCAAUGCAGUCGGUGGCAGAACAUCUAAGCUGAAUCAAAAAUAAAACAUCCCGACAC